UUAUUUGCAAGGAUUUGCAUCAAAGUUUUUAUUUCCUACUCAAUAUGGGGAAAAUUCAUUUCCUCAUUGCUUCUUUAUUGAUGGCAAAUUAUUUUAUGCUUCACCAAGCAAUUAUACCACCCCAAAAUCUCACCACAGAUCUAUCUGCUCUUCUUGAAUUCAAAAGCCAUAUUUCUUUAGACCAUUUUGGCUUCUUAAACAAUUGGUCUUCCACAACCUUUGUCUGCAACUGGACUGGGAUUUCCUGCUGCUUUCAAGAACCAAAGGGUUGCAGCUUUGAAUCUUUCUAAUUGGAGCCUUAGAGGGAUAAUUCCUCCCCAUUUAGGGAAUCUCACAUUCUUGACUUCACUGGAUUUCAGCCAUAACUAUUUCAGUGCUUCAACCCUCAUCAGUUAGCUAAUCUGAGAAGUUUGAAACUGAUGAAUGUUGGAUACAACAACUUGUGUGGAGAAAUCCCUUCAUGGUUUGGAAACUUGCAAGAACUUCAGUUUCUUCUUCUCAACAACAACAGCUUCUCUGGUGUGAUCCCACUUUCUGUAGGAAAUAUCUCAAAGCUGAAGCAACUAAAUUUAGGUUGUAAUUUAUUGGAAGGAAAUAUUCCAAAAAGGAUUGGAAAUCUUUCCAAUUGAGGACAUUAGAGGUAACCAGCUUACCGGGUCCAUACCAUCUGGCAUCUUCAACAUGUCAUUGGAAGAAAUUGAUUUUGCAGAGAAUAGCUUGUCAGGUAGCCUUCCAAUACACAUCUGCAAUCAUCCAUUGGAACAGAUCAAAGGACUGAAUCUUUCAGUCAAUCAGCUUCAAGGUUCAAUUCCAUCUGAGUUAUAUAAGUGCAGAGACCUUGAGCAUUUGUCACUGUCCAACGAUCAGUUCAAUGGCCGGAUCCCAAGAACACUUGGAUACUUGGACAAGCUCAAGGAUUUAUCUAUUGGGGGAAACAAUUUUACUGGUGGAAUUCAAAGGAAAUUGGAAAUCUCACCAAUUUGGAGAUACUAAACAUGCAAAGCAGCUUUCUGACCGGAGGAAUUCCAUGGCCUAUCUUCAAUGUGUCCUCUUUGAGAGUAAUAGAUUUGUCUAGCAACAGCCUCUCAGGAAGCUUUCCAGUGAACUAAUUUUACAAUCUUCCAGCACUGAAUCAGCUAAAUCUUUUAGCCAAUCAGUUAAUUGGCUCCAUUCCCUCCUUCGUUUGGGAAUUCAAGACUCUUGAAACUUUAGAUUUAUCCUUGAACAACUUGACUGGUGGCAUAUCAAAGAGGGUUGGGAACCUCACAUCGCUCAAAAAGCUUUAUCUAGAUUUUAACUUGCUGGGAGGUAAGUACUUUACCUCCGUAUGGUUAAUAAUAUGCCUAGAUUGUUGUUUCCUUU